AUGAGGAGCACACAGAGAGUCCAGUAGGAGGCCACUGCCCAUCACCGAGUGGGCAGCACGCUGAGAUGGUGCAGAAUCUCCAUCUUGCCGGAGAGCCCCAUGGCCACUAACUCUCCCACCCUAGUGCGCGUCCAUGUAGAGACAACACCACCACCCAUCCCCCCUUCCCCCCCAUCAAACCCUAACCCUGCUGCUCCCCUCCCUACUCCAGUUCUUCCUCCCUGCCAGUCGGCAGGGCCCGCCGGAGCUGUAGCGGCGCAGGCCCUUACGUGCACAUUGUGGCAAACUCCUGCCCCCCAGGGGGCGUGGGCCAUGAAGGGUCGGAAGAUCGCCACUGAGCCCCCACCACCGCGGAGGAUGGGGAGGGCUUCCAGCUCGAUCUGUACGCACCAGCAGUAUCGCACUCGCGGGAAUAAACAAGCUUCUCCUGCCUUCCUGGGGAGGCCGUGGCUGUGGGAUUCCUACGUGGCCCACGAGAGAGAGGGAGGUCCAGCUCCACUCCGGCGAGGCCUCCCCCUUUCGUCACGUGCCCUCGCACGCUCUACUCCUACGUACGCACGUGCAAACUUAGCCCUCUCCGCACUCACUGAAGGGUUGGGCCAACGACCAAUUCGGGCCGGCUCAUUAUCUCAAUAGGCCUCGUUGGUGUAGGGUAUGAGUGCCACCUAAGCACUAAGCCCAGUUGACCAUAAAAUAUAUGGAAUGCAUUUUUAUUUGAAAAUUUUGUAGCUUAAUGGGCCAGGAAUCACAGAAUUCUGCACGUGCACUGCUCGGCCUGGUUUCUAUUGGAUGAUUGGGCCGGGCUGUUGGGGUUUUUUGGGCCAACUCGGGUAGAUUGGACUCAAUAAGUUCGGAAAAAAAAUGAAGGGUUCAUCGUGGGCCGAGGGGCCCGCGAGUGACGUUUGUGGAGGGCAAGGAGGGGCACAUCCAGAGUGGGCCGAGCGGAUGCUGCAGGCCGACGGGAGGUUAGCUCACCCCGCCUCAGCUGGACUGGCGCUGUCGAAAUAGCCUCCCCCCUCUUUCUCUCUCUUCUCUCUCUCUCUCUCUCUCUCUCUGAGCAAUCGAAAAGAGAACGAAAGGGGGGGACGCAGCCGGCUUCUCGUCGUCAGCUUCAGAGCGGCAGCCGGUCGGGAGGAGCGUCGUCUUCUAGCUCGUGGUCUCUCUCCUUCUUGCUUUCUCGCGGGGGGAACGCCACCGGAUGCGAGGGAAACGAUUUCCGGAGGACGCAAGGCACGAAGCAGGUAAGCGCGAGCUCACUCCCUUCUCGCUCAGGAAACCCUAACAAUCCAAGUAUGCACUGGAUUCCAAUGCUUAUCACAUUGUGAGGAGUUGUGAUUCUCCCGCUCUUGUGAAGAGUUUUUCGUCCAUUGUCCUCAGAUGUUUACUGCGAUUUACCUGGAGGCGGAGUUACAUCGCCGUGUACUUUUUUCCAACAGGAAUCUGUUGUUUCUUUCCGAGGGAAGCGACAUAGGCGCGUGUUUUUUUAUGAGCCGCUGUUCGCCGUUGGGCCUACCAAUCAAUAUGCGUUAAUACACAACAUGUGCGCAUUCGUUCCUCCGGCAUUGUUUUUCCGCUUUUUUAUUUCAGAAGAAGAUAAGAUUCUGUAUCUGUUCUACUCUCUCUUAUCCGAAGGUUGUCCUUGAGAGUAUAGUUAAAUUCUGGAUUUUUUAUGUUUGAAAUUUGGUCGUGUAAUCUUCCCACACUUCCUGAUUUAUGAAUCUGUAUUUCGCAAGUAAUGCUGUGCCGUAUAAUGCACAUAUUUUUACCAAUGCAUUUCAAACCCUUUUAUCCUAUCCUAAGGGAUGCAUCUUGAUUCUAAUGUAAUUCGAGUCAAUUCAAUUCCCUCGAGCAUGAUUUCCCCGUUCUUGUAUGACCUCUAUUUAGAUCUAAGCUCUAUUUUUCAACUGUCUAUGCUAGAUGUCAGUCAUUGCUCAUAUUCAUUUAAAUAGUUACGGUCUUUUGGUAUACGCAUAGGAUUUUUUAAUCACUACUUCGUGUCAGAUGCAGAGAAAUCAUUCCAUUGCCGGAUGUCCGUGCUGUUCUGCCAAAUGUGUUGAGUAGAGGCGACCGAUAACACAUUGGAAUGGCAGAUUGUACUGCCCUGCCACCAUGCAUUCACCCCUGGGUGCGGAGAGGUCAGGUCAGGGCAAAUGUUUCUGUAGCUGGAAACUUUUGUUCGGGGAUGAUGACAAGGUGAAUGCUUCCGCACGCUCUGUCCGGAUAUUACUUUGACUUGGAUUCCUUGUCACGUCUAACUGUGUAUUUGAGGAUCCAAUUUUUUCAAUCUUCACAGUAUCAGUUAUGAUCACGUCUUGGUUUACCUAAUUUUCUAGCGUUUGAGUUAUCUGUGUAUUUAUGCUCGGAAAUGAUUAAAGAGUCGAGGUCAUCUAAUAUAUAAAUGAUUUAACUUAAUUUAAAUUUCAAAACUGAAUGGAUGGAAUGAUUUAGAUCAUAUCAAGGACUUUAUAUGUUCGAGUUGAAAUUUCCACGAAUUCAUUUGUUUUCCAUCGCCUAUGUAAGGCCAAUCACCCAUGAGAUUUAUUAAUGUGAACUUAAGAGGAAGGACUUCGCAUUCAGCAGCCAAGUUUGAUGGUCCAUCUGAUUUAUGAUAUAGUAUGUGCAUUUUCGUGGUUUUAUUGUUGAUUACGAUUUUAUUUGGUUUUGUAGAAAGUCUAUGCUUGGGGAGAAUAAGAACAUUGGCCCGUUGCCUCUACGAAAUUUUUUUCUACCUUUGCGAACGUCUUUAAAAGGAGGCUGGCAUGAUGAGGGGAGUAACUUGAGAUGUCAUUGCUUCGGGGCAUUGGCCAAUCCUGAGAGUUUAACUCCUUCAAAAUGGGUUCCUGUUAUUGAUCAAGUUCUUUUGACAGUCAGCAUUGUUCUGGCAUACAUGGGUGGAGUAGUCCCUCAUAAGAAGACACUGUUCAACUCUAGGAAAGACACAGUAGAGCAGGAGAUUGGUGCUGAAGAUUCUACAUCUUCUGGUAGGUAAGGGUAAGGUCCAUUGUAAGGUGUCCUCAUUUUUAAACUCCAUCUCGGACAUCUAAGUAUUUUAUUUUAUCAUUUCAUCAGUGACCUGUAGAUCUUUAAUUUUCUCUUUGGUAACACGAAUACGCUUUUGUGCUUUUUACAUUGACAGGGGAGCAGAGAGAACUUUACCGUUAAGGGGUGGUGGUUCUUGGAGUACAGUGGGAAGCAAGCUUAUUGAUGGGCUGAAGGCAACCGAAAACGAUGAUUAUUUGGAUCGGAGUGUCAACGAUCGUGAUAUAACAAAUGGUUCUCUAAGCUUGUUUGCUGUUGCUGAAAGUCCCAGGUUACGGUUGCUUUGGAUUACACUUCAAAGACUUCACAAUGAGGCAGGCAUUGUCUCAACUGCCUACUUUCUUUCCAGUAUAUUGUGUUGCAUAUUUUUGAUGGUCUAUUUUUAAUGAAAAUAAAUGAAGAGAUAAAAUUGGAGAGAAAAUAGUCGGAUUAGAAAUGGAAUGUAUGGAUGUGAAUCCUCUGCUUGUUGACAAUGUUUAUACGGUUGGCAUUAUUUCAAGACCGUGAAGGAUUUUGUUCACGAAGACUAAAGUUAAAUGCGGCAGAACUGUUGGAACUAUGUGGAACUUUCUUGUUGAUUAUAAUCCCAAGAAUUUUGUAAUAGCAUUUGUGCCUGUCUGCGAGUGCAAUUUCUUGAAUCUAUUUCAUUACUUCUUUUGGUUGGUUUUAAUCUUGUUAUGCAUUUUUUCGCAUUUUUAGUCGAUAAAAUGCUCAAGGAAUUAUGCUUAGGGUUUCUAGUAGGUCUCAUAGUUUUAUACCAAGUCUUUAAAUGUUCUUUUCAGGUGAUAAAUACCUCACAGUCUUAUGAAGGCAUCAGCAGGGAUGGGUGGUCGGCUGUAUCUUAUCAAAUUUUACAGCAGAUUAUCCAACCAAUAUGCAUCGAGUGGUUUGAGGGAGAAUUGUCUCUCAAAAAUUGCAAAACGGACAUGGUGAUGCACCCCCUCCCUCCCCAAAAAAAAAAAAAGAAAAAAAAAGGAAAAAGAAAAAAAAAGUGAUUUCCAGUCUACUGUUAUAUCUCUUCUAAUAGCAUUUUGUUUAUCCACAGGGGCUCCUCACCGAAACAUUCAAGAAGCUGUGGGAGGAUAAUUCAGUGCUAGACAGCUUUAAGGGACUAGGAAAGUCAGAGCUCUAUGCAGAUCUGCUAUAUUUCCUUCGAUUUGGUUCUCUACGGUAAUGUUUACUAUGCUUUCACUCUUCGAUUCGUACCAAAAUGUUUGGUCAUAUCUUAGCAAUUAGUUGCCAUACUCACAGGCUCUUGUUUUGGAACCUGCUAUGAUUGCUCAUAAUUCAGUGUGAGAAUAAAAUUGUACGGUUCCAUAUAAUCAACAGUCUAAAACCAAAUCCAAGCAUUUAUCCGAUCUUUGAUUACAUGAUUUGGGCGCGCGUCCGAAUGUGCUGGAUGAAUAUAUCUCGAUUCGAUACUCAUAUUUGUCUGACUUUCUGUUUGGACCCAGUGAUGGGCAUAUCUUCGGGAACAAUUUCCUGGUCGAACAUGGAGUUGACAUCCUGGAGGACCUGGUGGUCAGCUUGGCUGAUGGCAUCUCUAGCAUGUAUCUGGAGCUUAUUUCUAUCGACAGCAAUGUGGCUGAUGAGAUGAACUCCUUGGAUCUAAAUCUCUGCCGUUUAUCCACGAGAGAGCUUCAGCGGAUACGAAAUGAGGUGACUUGCUUCUCUCUCUCUCUCUCUCUCUCUCUCUCUAAGAGACGUUAUGAUCCUUUGUUUUUAAAUAAAUAUUCAUCAUUAGUUCUUCGAAGGGGUUCCAUUCAGUUGACCUAAGUCGCUGCGGGUUGUUCUUAGGUGGCGCUGAGACAGUGGGUGCUGCGGAACUUCCAGUCGGUCGCCUUGAUGUACGAGGACCGUUUUGACCUGUGCGUCCUUCGGACAAAAUAUCACGAGAGGCCCGUGAAGAGGGACGUCCAGGAAAAUCAUUGGUGGCAGAAAUUCGCCUACGGAAAGGCAGAGUCAACGCUCCUCUGCUACGUGUGGAUCGACCGAGCACCCAUGCGAGUAAAACGGACAAAGGAACUACGGGCGUUGACCGGGUGGUAUGUUCUACUCUCUUUGGCAACCAUUUUCCCAGAAGAAAAAAGAAAAUCUAAACAAUCGUGCUGGCAAAUAUCGUGUAGACGAGUUGACUUCACCCAAUGUUGGCCAUUUCUGACUUGUGAUUGUCCGUGAGUCUAAAACGGUUUGACCUUAGACGAAUGGGUCGAAUCAGUUCCAAGUGGGAUGGCCCGCUGACCUUAUUGGUAUAUGCAUCAUGGCGGUUAAGCUUGACCCAAUAAAUCUUUUAUCUAUUUAUUUAAUUAUUCGCAGGAGGUACUACUUCAGCUUGUUUCUCGAGCUGUCCGACGUGGCGAUGCCCCUGUUCAGAGUCGUCUUCACCAAAGGCCGCGAAGUCGUCUCCUUCUUGCUGACUUGCUUGGUUGGGAGGUCUCUGGGCCUCAUCUACGCGGGGAUACGGCAGUCCCUGGGUUUCCGGUGA